GUGGGGGGGCGCUCUCACCUUGCUCCAUUUCCGAUCACGACCGCUGCUGCCCUCGCAGGAGGCACCACGACGUGUCCGAGAUGCAGCAGGCCGUGCGAGUGAUGCGGGCCAUCCGCAUGCGGGAGUUCGGGCCGUCCUCCGUGCUGCGCCUGCAGACGGACGUUCCCGUUCCUUCGCCCAACGACAAAGAGGUGCUGAUCCGCGUGCGUGCGUGCGGCGUCAACCCCGUGGACACGUACAUACGCACGGGCACGCACACGCGCAGGCCCGAGCUGCCCUGGACACCGGGGGGCGACGUUGCCGGCACGGUGGAGUCGGUGGGCCGCUCCAUCUCCUCCUUCAAGGCGGGCGACCGCGUAUACACGGCGCUGGCGGAGGGCGGCUACGCCGAGUUUGUGUGCGUGGCUCACGACCGCGUCUUCACGCUGCCGGCCCAGCUGGACUUCCCGCAGGGCGCCGCGCUGGGCGUGCCGUACUUCACCGCUUACCGCGCCCUCGUGCAAAAGGCCGCGACGAGACCGGGGGAGACGGUGCUCAUCCACGGAGCGAGCGGCGGGGUCGGCAUUGCGCUGUGCCAGAUGGCGCGCGCGCUGGGCACGCACGUGAUCGGCACGGCCGGGUCGCCCGAGGGACUAGAGCUGGUGGCCAAACACGGGGCCCACAGCACCUUCGACCACCGCGAGGAUGGAUACGUGGGCCGCAUACAGGAGCUGUACCCGCGCGGCGUGGACGUCGUCUUUGAGAUGCUGGCCAACGUCAACCUUCCCAGCGACCUCAAGCUGCUGGGGCAGAACGGCCGCGUGGUGAUCAUCGGUUGCCGUGGCGCCGUGGAGAUGAAUCCGCGUGAGACGCUGAUGCGUGAGCUGCACGUCAUGGGAGUCAGCCUCUUCAACUGCAACGCGGAGGAGCGCCGUGAGAGCGCCGCGGCGCUGCAUGCCGGCGUGGAGAGCGGCUGGCUGCGUCCCGCGGUGGGAACUCGCCUCCCGCUGGAGGAGGCGGCGCGCGCCCACGACGAGAUCGUCUCCGGCAGCCCCACGCUCGGCAAGAUGGUGCUCACCAUGUGAACGCCGCGCUCGCUCGCCGGACCUCACCACAAGUCACCGGCACUCACCGGGACUCGCCGGCGCAUGGCACUCACCGGGACUCGCCGGGACUCGCCGGCGCUCACCGGGGGCUCACUGACACUCACCGACACUCACCGACGCUCACCGACACUCACCGACGCUCACCUGGGGCUCACCGACACUCACCGACACUCACCGACACUCACCGGCACUCACCGGGACUCACCGACGCUCACCGGGACUCACCGACACUCACCGACACUCACCGACGUUGGGAGGUGCAGCGGGGGAUGUUGGGAGGUGCAGCGCUGUCCCCGCGGAGAAUCCGUCGGUGAUCGGACGCCUGGCACGUGCUCUCAACUGCGAGGUGUUUGUGCUCGUGAGCUGGUGGUGACUUGCGACCCGGUUAAAUGAAGGGAAUUCAAUGAUCAAAGGAACCAUUAGGAGUUGAUUGAAACACACGACGUGCUUUUGUGUUGCAACUACAAAGGUGGAAUUUUUACGAUUUUAAAAAAUAUAUAAAAUUCAGAUUGCGGUGUACGUGAUGAUCUUCAUGAGAAUUAAAUAAAUAUACUACGAAUGCAAGAUUCUCCCUCGCCAUAUAUACAGUAUUGCCCUUCAAUAUGUCUAUGAGUCUUGAUGUCUAUGUAAAUCUAGAUGUCUCGUGAGUCCAGUAUAAAUUUUGAUGUAAAU